AUGUCCUGCCUGAAGAAUGUCAGUCCUCUCAUCUCAUGUGUGCUCCUCUUCAUCAUCCAGCCAGGUCGUGGUUCUGAGAUUAUUAAUGGGAAGGAAGUCAAUCCACACUCACUGCCUUUCAUGGCUUAUGUGAGAAGCAGGACAACAAAUUCUGUCUGUGGAGGGACAUUAAUCCAUCCACAGUGGGUGCUGACAGCUGCCCACUGCACUAGGGUGGAUCAGGUGACCCUGGGAGCCCACUCCAUCAGUAAAGAGGAAAAAUAUUCCAAGCAAAUCCAAAUUGUUGAGAAACGUUUUCCUCAUCCUGACUACUGUUGUGCAAAGCACGAUGAUGACCUCAUGUUGCUGAAGCUUAACAAACCGGUGUUGAAAACCAGAGCAGUGCAGUGGCUCGAGUUUGGCGACACUGUGAGAGACCCGGCAGCUGGCAGCAUGUGUCUGGUGGCUGGAUGGGGAGUAACUGAAAACAGCCAAACAUCAGACGUCCUCAUGUCUGUCAAUGUGACUGUGGUGGACAGACAGACGUGCAACUCUUGUGUUUAUUAUAACCACGACCCUGUUAUCACCAAAGACAUGAUAUGUGCUGGUUCAGAUGGUACAAACGUCACUGAUACCUGUCGAGGGGAUUCAGGAGGGCCGCUGUUGUGCGAUGGAGCGCUGGUUGGAGUCACUUCUUUUGGAGAGGAUUGUGGUAUCAUUAAAAAACCUGGAGUCUACUCGUUUGUCUCAGAGAGACAGCUGUCCUGGAUCAAAGCCACGAUGAAGUUAUUCUAAAUGUCUUGAAACCACAGACAUCAG